AUGGAACCGGUGGUUUGCGCGGGCCGAUGGAAUAGGUGGAAUGCGGAGAAGUCUCAUCCGGAAAUCCCUGAAUUAACAUACGGCGGAGUCGAGACGAUUCGAGGAACUCUGGAUGGGCUUAAUGGGUGGCUCGAGUCUCUCCUCGGGACGCAGCUCUUCCUCAGCGCCGCGUACAUCCUCAUCGUUACGGGGGCUGUCGUCGUGCUCCUUGCGUUCCUGGGAUGCUGCGGGGCGAUCAAGGAAGUCAAGUGCAUGCUGCUCACUUAUUCCACACUUCUCUUCCUGCUCUUCGUCGUCUUGCUCGUGGCUGGGAUCUUGGGGUACGUGUUCCGGGGCAGGGUGGAGGAGUCCAUCGAUGGGGCCAUGAAGAAGGCCUUGAUGGAAUACGAUGACGAAAAGGCGGACCCCAUCAAGAUUGCUUGGGACGAUGCGCAAAGAAAGUUCAAGUGCUGCGGGAUCGACAAGGCGGAAGACUGGAAAUUGAACGAUAAACUCAAGGGCCGUUUCCCGAGCAGCUGCUGUCGGGUCGAAGGGAACGAUAAAUUGAAGUGCGAGGAUAACGAGAGCUACACAUGGAGUGAAGGAUGCAAGAAUAAAUUGGAGACUUACGUCCAGGAUCACGGCACUGUCAUCGGGGGCGUUGGGAUCGGCAUCGCUGUCCUUACGCUGUUGGGGAUAGUUUUUGGGUGCGCCCUAAGCAAAAAACCUUUUGGCAUUCGCUCGCCGGGCGAGAGCGGCCCCGACAAAGAGGCGACCGUGCCGCUCAUCAACGUGGGAAUCCCGAAAAUCACCUGGAGAUGUGUGCCACUGCACCCCUCAGAUCACAGACCGUCGUAUAUGUCCCUGGAACACUUGUGA